GCAGAGGCGAGCAGCGCCGGUGAGCCCCGCAGCAGCGCGCCCGGCCGCCCGGAGCCCCGCGAUGGAGAUGGCAGAGGCGGAAUUGCACAAGGAAAGGCUGCAAGCCAUAGCAGAAAAAAGAAAGAGGCAGACUGAAAUAGAAGGCAAGCGACAAGAGCUUGACGAGCAGAUACUUCUGCUGCAGCAUUCCAAGUCCAAAGUGCUUCGGGAAAAAUGGCUGCUGCAGGGUAUCCCCGCUGGAACUGCCGAAGAGGAGGAAGCCAGGAGACGGCAGUCUGAAGAGGAUGAAUUCAGAGUCAAACAACUGGAAGAUAACAUUCAGAGGCUGGAGCAGGAAAUACAAGCACUAGAAAGUGAAGAGUCCCAGAUAUCUGCCAAAGAGCAAAUCAUCUUAGAGAAACUGAAGGAGACGGAAAAAUCCUUCAAGGACUUUCAGAAGAGCUUCUCCAAUGCGGAUGGAGAUGCAGUAAAUUACAUUUCCUCCCAGCUCCCCGACCUGCCAAUCCUCUGUUCACGAACAGCAGAACCAUCACCUGGGCAGGACGGGACUAGCAGAGCAGCUGCUGUGUACGCCAUGGAAAUUAAUGUGGAGAAAGACAAACAAACAGGAGAGACCAAGAUUCUCUCUACAUCCACCAUUGGCCCAGAGGGGGUCCAUCAGAGAGGAGUCAAAGUCUAUGAUGACGGUACCAAAGUAGUGUAUGAGGUGCACUCAGGAGGCACUGUAGUAGAAAAUGGAGUGCACAGAUUAAGCUCAAAGGAUGUAGAAGAGCUUAUUCAGAAGGCGGGACAAUCAAGCUUCAGAGGAGGGCACGUGUCAGAAAGAACUGUGAUUGCGGACGGGAGCCUCAGCCACCCUAAGGAACACAUGCUCUGCAAAGAAGCCAAGUUAGAAAUGGUACAUAAGUCUAGGAAAGAUCAUUCUUCCGGGACCCCAGGGCAGCAGGCCCCAGCUCCCAGCACGGAAGGGCCAGAGGCAAACUUGGAUCAGCCAGUCACCAUGAUUUUCAUGGGCUACCAAAAUAUUGAGGAUGAAGAGGAGACUAAGAAGGUGCUAGGCUAUGAUGAAACCAUCAAGGCUGAAUUGGUCCUCAUUGAUGAAGACGAUGAGAAGUCAUUGAGGGAGAAGACCGUGACGGACGUGUCCACUAUCGAUGGGAAUGCGGCAGAGCUUGUGUCCGGGAGGCCAAUCUCAGACACCACAGAGCCCUCAUCCCCAGAAGGGAAGGAAGAGAGCCUGGCCACAGAGCCAGCCCCAGGGCUCGGGUGGGAAAGUGUGCUGCUAAAGGGAGACGAGGCAGCCUCAGAUGCCACAGAAACAUCCAGUGCAGACAUGACUAUCAAGAAGCCUCCCCAGCUUUCUGAGGAUGAUGUCCGGCUAAAAAACGAGAGAGACAAUUGCAGCGUCAGCCCCCUGGAGCCUGCAACCAGCUCCCUUCCCCCAGAUCACAAAAACAUGGAAAUUGAAGUCUCUGUUGCAGAAUGUAAAAGUGUUCCUGGAAUCACCUCUACCCCGCCUUCCAUGGACCACCCCUCCCCUUUCUACUCACCCCCCCACAAUGGCCUCCUCGCUGAUCACCAUGAAUCUCUGGAUAAUGAUGUGGCCAGAGAGAUCCGCUAUCUAGACGAGGUGCUGGAGGCCAGCUGCUGCGACUCUGCUGUGGACGGAACUUACAACGGCACGUCGUCCCCAGAGCCUGGAGCAGUCGUCGUGGCGAGCAGUCGAAGCCCACCUGCCCACACAGCCAUCCAGCCAGAGCUCACGGAGAGGGCAGUGGGCAGACAGGCCCCUCCUCACAUCGAGUUCAGCACAAGCAACUCUGACGCCAUGGCAGAGGGUGGAAAAGCCAACGGCCACUCGCCUGACCAGCCCCAAGAUCUGCUGGGGGACGGCCUCCAGGCACCCGCGAGCCCCAGCUCUUCCACCAGCUCGCGGUGCUCGGGCCGUGACGGGGAGCUCACGCUCACCACACUGAAGAAGGAGGCCAAGUUUGAGCUGCGUGCCUUCCAUGAGGACAAGAAGCCCUCCAAGCUCUUUGAGGACGACGAGAAUGAGAAGGAGCAAUUCUGUGUCAGAAAAGUGAGGCCUUCGGAAGAGAUGCUGGAGCUGGAAAAGGAAAGGAGAGAACUCAUCCGGAGCCAGGCCGUGAAAAAGAAUCCUGGCAUCGCGGCAAAAUGGUGGAAUCCUCCCCAGGAAAAAACCAUCGAGGAGCAGCUGGACGAGGAACAUCUGGAGUCGCACAAAAAGUACAAGGAGCGCAAGGAGAGGAGGGCGCAGCAGGAACAGCUGCUCAUGCAACAGCAGCAGCCGCCCCCAGCCCAGCUCUGCGCGGCCCCUGUGGCCUCCCGUGACCAGGCCAGCGCGGCAGAAAACGUAAAGGAGGACAUCGUCACCGAGCAGAUAGACUUCUCUGCUGCUCGCAAACAGUUCCAGCUCAUGGAGAGUUCCAGGCAAACAGUGGCCAAGGGCCAGAGUACACCUAGGCUCUUCUCUAUCAAGCCCUUUUAUAGGCCUCUGGGGUCAAUCAACUCAGACAAGCCACUGACCAUCUCGAGACCAGCUUCCGUCGGGGGCCUUCCAGAAGACAGUGGUGCAUCAGCAGCCAAGGGGCAGCAGAAAGCCAGCUGUGCCCUGGAGAGUCAGCCUGCGGGGGGAAGCCAGGGCAGCACAGCUCCUCAGGGGAGGGAAGGGCCCUACAGUGAGCCUUCCAAACGUGGGCCCUUAUCCAAACUGUGGGCAGAGGAUGGGGAGUUUACCAGUGCCCGGGCCGUCCUCACUGUGGUCAAGGAUGACGACCCUGGGAUCUUGGAUCAGUUUUCAAGGUCAGUCAAUGUCUCUUUGACCCAAGAGGAGCUUGACUCUGGUUUGGAUGAAUUGUCAGUGAGGUCCCAGGAUACCACUGUCCUGGAGACCCUGUCCAACGAUUUUAGCAUGGACAACAUCAGUGACAGCGGGGCCUCCAAUGAGACAACCAAUGCCCUCCAGGAGAAUUCACUGGCUGAUUUUUCUCUGCCCCAGACUCCACAAACUGACAACCCUUCAGAGGGCCGAGGAGAAGGCGUCUCCAAGUCCUUUAGCGAUCACGGUUUCUAUUCCCCUUCAUCCACACUGGGAGACUCUCCAUCGGUUGAUGACCCCUUGGAGUAUCAGGCUGGUCUCCUGGUGCAGAAUGCCAUUCAACAAGCCAUAGCCGAGCAAGUGGAUAGAGCUGUGUCCGAAACCAGCAAGGGUGGGACAGAACAGCAGGGACCUGGAACAACUCUAGAGGAAGCUGGCACUGGGGCUCCCAGUUCAGAGAAGCCUCAGAGCAUGUUUGAGCCGCCUCAGGUGUCUUCUCCUGUUCAAGAGAAGAGGGAGGUAUUACCAAAGAUUCUGCCUGCUGAAGACCAGGCACUCAGGGAAAGGGGGCCCUCCCAGCCACUGCCAGCCGUACAGCCCAGUGGCCCAAUAAACAUGGAGGAGACCAGACCGGAAGGGAGCUAUUUCAGCAAGUACUCAGAGGCAGCUGAGCUGAGGAGCACAGCCUCGCUCCUGGCCACUCAAGAGUCCGAUGUGAUGGUUGGGCCCUUCAAGCUGAGGUCAAGGAAGCAGCGGACUUUGUCCAUGAUCGAAGAAGAGAUCCGAGCAGCUCAAGAAAGGGAAGAGGAACUGAAGAGGCAGAGGCAAGUCUUGCAGAAUACCCAGAGCCCCAGGGCAAAGAAUGCCCAAUCGCUGCCCUCCCGAACGUCAUGCUACAAAACCGCUCCAGAUCUUAUUCCCAUCUUGACACUUGGCUUCCGUCAAAUCUACAGUGACUCAAGGUCCUUGAGGCCACACGGGUUAAUCGAAGAAAGAGCGCACUGGCCUUGCGCUGGGAGGCAGGGAUCUAUGCCAACCAGGAGGAAGAGGACGAUGAGUAACAAACUUCCUUCCACCCAGGAAGCUUCUUUGGUGCUUGGGUUACCAAGAAACCAAGCAAUCAACACAUUGAAGCAUUUUAAUGGAAUAUUUAUUAAAGUGCAAACAAACUCCACAAUCCUUAUGUAGACCAGAAGCUGCAAUGACCAACGAUGAAAAAUAAAGUAAAAAGAAGCCUACCCAUCAAACUCUAUAAACACCCAGGAGUCAAAAGACAAAGGAUUUUUUGAGACUCAAAAGAAUCACCUGGAUUUGGACCAGUCCACAAUUGAUCCAAAAGGACAAAGCAGUAACAAGCAAAUCAACAUGGUUGCUCCAGGCGGAAUUGAGACCAGCCUCGCUGGGUGAUGACAAACAUUGGUGACAGGGCCAUUUAGAGCUGCAGAGCCCACGCCGGUGCAAUCUACAGGGUGUUGGAGACUCCCAGCACCGGUUCCCUACCGUCGCUCACAGCAUCAGAGGUGUGGGAAUAACUCCGUUUACUCCAGCAGCCGUAAAAUGAAAUGCAAGUUUCUCUAUAUCUGCCAGGAGAGGCAAUUAGGAUUCCAUUUCUCUUACAUCUAAUUGUUUUUAAUUGGGAGCAAUUAAUGAUCGCAAUAUAUAAAAUCCACCUUCUUAAGACAAUGUUUCUUCAUGUUGCAAACACAAUCUAUUCUACAUGAGGGGGUUGAGAAAGAGGGAGAAAGCCAAACCAAAUGGAUGAUUUUAGCUUUAGGAUCUCGUCUGCUUGUAGUAUUGACUAAUUUGCCGUUUAUGAGAACACAUUUUCACAAUUAUGUUUCUUCAUAUGAAAACUAUAUUUAGUGGGCAACAACUAUUUUUAUGAUGGGAUGGGGGGAGUAUAUCCAUGUAUAAAAUCUGUACACAUCCAACAGCUUGGCUCAAGAUGGUGGGGGUAUUUUUAGAGUGGCAAUAAUUGAAAAAAGGGCAAACUCUGCCUUCGAGAGGCAGAUGACAGGAAAUAAAAAGGUGUUUAUAACUAUAUUUUAUAUUAUAAAGUGGACCUUAGUAGGAAGAAUGACAGAUUAUUUUGGAUCAAUCAGAAAGGAAUCAUUAAAGAAAGGACAUGAAGGUAGACAGAGAAACAGGGAGGGAGAACGUGGGAAAUUAAGGAAGUAACAGAUAUUAUUUUUGCUGAGCAACCAGCGUUUUUCAGAAUGAUAAAGAGAAAAAUAUAGAAUAGAAAUCUAAGUGCAGGCUUGGAAUCAGCUACAAAUCCUAAAGAUGGUGUGUGUGUGUGCGUGCGUGUGUGUGCGUGUUUGUGUGCAUGCGUGUGCGUAUGCGUGUGCGCGUGCGUGCCCGUGCGUGCUCAUGCACGUCCCUUUGUGUGUUUGGGUAAAGUGUGUGUGCAAGGAUUAAAAUUCCAGAAUGCUCAUGGGACAAGGGUGUACAGUUAUUUCCUCCAAAGCUGUUUGCCAGCGUCAGGAGUGAGUGAGAAUUUCUUUUUUAUGAAAAGGGAUAUAGAGGCACCGACCUGAUGCAGUAUUUGUAAUAUUAAAUUGACCUAACAUGGUAUUUGCAUGAGUCACAAUUGCAAAGUUUUGAGCAGUUUUGUAAUUUGACAUUUAGAGAAGUUACCGUAUUUAUUCUCAUGCUUUGUAUUCAUAGCUUAGUAUACUGUAAAGGAUGCCAGCUCUAUCUCACUGUCAUUUAAAGCAAUAUGAAAUGGGUAUUCAAUAAUUGGGUGCCCUGAAUUUCUGGAUGAGAAAAGUUUUUAAUUCUGGCCAUGAGAAAAAAAACUGACCAGCCUUUCUUUUUUCUAUUUGUUUUAAAACUAUGGUUUUUAAAAGAGCAAUAAUGAAGCCAGACCUCACUAAAAUUCCUUUUUGUUUUUAUACUGUUAUGUCAUAAGCUCUAAUAUGUUAUUCUGACAAAUAACAACUCCACAACAGUGUGUACGUAGAUGUUAGGCACAUGACCUUUGCUUCUUUUAAUAGUGUAGUGUUGACUUUAGGGGGAAAGUUUAUUCACAGGCAAGCGGUAGGCAUAAAGUAGAAAGGCAACCAUCUGAUAACUUACAAGGAUCCUUUAAAACUGCCAAAGGCACCUGCAAUUUGAAGCCAAAUCCUAGAGAUCGGUGGCUGGCACCAUCUUUAUGUGGUUUAUUCUCCUGAAUAUCGUGAAGGAAUAUUCAACAAAAUGUGCUAGCCACUGGGGACACAAAACAAGAUCCCUGCUGCAAGGAAUUCAUUUUCAAGUGGGGGAGGCUGGCAUGGAGACAGACAUUCCCAGGAAAAUGAGGUCUGUGUUAGACUAGAAGUCCUGACGGGUGAAAUGGGAGCCCCCAGGAAGGCUGCCUUGCCUGAGGAUUUUCAGCGUUCCCAUGGCAGGCAUGUGACUAAAAGAUGGGACAAGAGCUUCCUGUGGCUCAGGGGCACAGUGGCAGCUAGGAUGGCUGGAGAGCAGAUGGUUUUAUGAGAUGCACAAAAAAAGAAACAUGCUUCGUGUUUUCUGGACUAACUCUGAAUCUGGUAGAGAACACAGACUUGAUAUAGACAAACACUGUCUUUCCCAAGAGGAAACAGCCCUCAGGACCCACCUGACAUUGUUGUGUUUUGAAGGAAGCCGGGUCCCCACCCAUCUUAAACCUACAUUUGAGAAGAGAAUUUGCAGCUGAAUGGGAAGCUUAGGAGGCCACCCAAUUCGUGGAAUCUUUUGGAGGCAGACGAAUUGGCCUUUGACUACAGUUGACUGAACCAGAAGCAUUGCCUAGAGUUCUAGCAGGGAUCCUUUGGUCCUCGCUCCACGUGUAGAUAAGGCAACAAAUGCAGAGUUUCCGGGAGCCUCCCACAGUCACAGCGCUGCUUAACUGUGGCCCCUACAUCUGCAACAUUCGCUUGUUCCCUCUGCUGCCUUCUGAGGAGUGCUGUCGAUUUCCUUGGUCCACUCACUUAGAAUCCUAUUAAAAUGUAAAUUGCAGUUCCCUUGGAAGAGCCAGGUUUUCUCUGUGCUCUUGAGUUUUUUUACCCGUUCAGAAAACAUCGGGCUUUGUACACAGCACCGUGCCAGGCCCUGGGAUCCCAAAGGAACCCCUUUAACCUUCUGAACAUGCAACAGACCCCUGGAGGAGGGUCAUUACUGCCUAAUCCAUCAAGAGGAAGAGGCCUGUCAAAGAAAUUGGCCUCUGAUGCUCCUCCCUGCCCCCAAAUAGCACGCAAGCUUGUUAAUCUCAACUAGAACAAAUGUUUAGAUUCUGUAGAUGUUAAAAGCUUUCCUGAAAGCGUUCCCUUCCACAGUGUUUAUAGAUGUUCACUUUCCUCGGGAGCUGAUUAACUACUGACAUGCCUUGGCUCUCUCAUCCAGAAAUUAUGGAAACAGGGUCUGUCAGUGGUAGGAGGCUGGGCUGUAGUCUACUCGGGUGACACAAUGCAAUUUCCUUGCCUCUUUACACCUCUGCAUGCUGCCCACCUUAGACAAUGACGUAUAAGCAGUAUAUAGAUCAGUGUCCACGUACAUACACAACACAACACAACACACACAUAUAAGGUGUAACAAGAAACACUAAGACAGUGUUGACUCUUGUCUCUGAAGACAAACAUUUUUCCAACUCAAGAAUGGAUGUAAUUAAACUAUGUAUUGAAAAAAAAAAAUAGCCUAAGUGUUUAGAGAUGGUGAAUAUAUCCAGUUUUAGUGACAGAACCAAUUUCCUGAAUUUUAAGCAUUCAGUGAGUGAACUGCCAGCUUUGAUUUUGUGUUGCCCUUUACCCAAAUGACUUUUUUUUUUUUUGGAGGAGGGGUGGGGGUGGGAAACAGCAGCAAUACUGUGUUUGAAAAUUAUACUCUGUAUCUGGCUCUCCUGUGUAUGUUAACCACUUAAAUGUUAUCCUGCUUCAGUUUUAUAGUGAUUGUGAGGCAUUCGAUGCAAGUAUACAAUUAUUUUCUCAUUAAAA